AUGGCUAUCUACACUUGCUGGUCAACCAUCACCUGGGGACAGACCCUGGCCGUUGUUUUCGUCGUUUGGCUCGGAUAUGCUACUGUUCUUGCUGUGCAGAGGCUUUGGCUCAGCCCUAUUGCCCACAUACCCGGGCCAAGACUUGCGGCCCUGACGCAGUACUAUGAGCUAUAUUAUGAUAUUGUCCUCGGCGGCAAAUACACCUUCAAGAUUAUGGAACUGCAUAAAGAGUACGGUUCUGUGUUUGGAGCUCCAGAUAGUUCCCUCGCAACAAUCGAUCAUGAUCACCACAAGCUGCGCCGGUCGGUUCUCAAUGCAUUCUUCUCGACUCAUAGUGUUCGAAAUCUCCAACCAGUUAUCGAAGAACGAGUCGAUAGUCUUCUUGAAGCCUUCCACAAGUAUGCCGCUACUCAAUGUGGCAUGCCAAUCAACAUCAUGUAUCCUUUCUCGGCUUUCACGAACGAUGUCAUUAAUGAAUAUUCAUUUGCUCGAAGCGAUCACCUAGUUGAACGCCCGGAUUUUGGCCGCGAGGUGACUGACAAUUUAUUGAUGGGAACUCAUAUGGGACUGAUCGUCAAGCAUGCAAAUUGGGCUCUCACCCUGAUAAAUAGUAUGCCAGAGCCUCUUUCGGGACGGUGGAUUCCAGGCUGGUCAGGAUUUCUGAAGAUGAAGAACGAUAUCCUUCAGCAAAUUCAAAAAGUCAAGUCGACAGAGAAUACAGGACAAUGGAAGCUGGACGUGAGCCACCCAACCAUUUUGCAUGAAUUGCUCUCUUCAGAGAACCUUCCGGACUGUGAGAAGACACCGGCCAGGCUAGCCCAAGAAGGACAAAUUCUGGUGCAAGGAGGCACUCUUACGUCGUCGUGGGCUCUAUCACUGGCAACAUUCCAUCUUGUCAAUCAAGAAUCAACGCUUCGAAAGCUCCGGGACGAACUAUUUGUCGCUAUCCCUGACGCCAAUGAAGUUAUACCGCUGGCGAAAUUGGAAAGUUUGCCGUAUUUGCGAGCCGUUGUUAGAGAGGCUCUCCGCCACAGUAUUGGUACGAGUGGAAGGCUUUCCCGAAUUGCUUUGGAUGAAGCAUUUCUUCUUCAUGAUCAUGAGAGGAUGAGAGAGUGGCGAAUCCCUGUAGGGACCGUGGUUAGUAUGAGCCCGUAUAUGGCUGUCAUGGACGAAGACAUAUUCCCAGACCCAUUAAGCUUCCAACCCGAGCGCUGGCUUAACGAUGGGGAUCGACUUGAAAAACAUCUGACAGUAUUUGGUGGUGGAACGCGAAGUUGCUUGGGUAAGGCCCUUGCGCUAGCGGAGAUGUACCUGGUCCUGGCCAAACUGUUCCGUCAGUGGGGAAAUGGUGUUGAUGUCCGUCCUGGAGAUACUGGAGUCUUGAACAUUUUCGAAACGACCCCGCGAGAUUGUCAAAUGGAGUCUGACUACUUUAUCCCCAUCCCUUACAAGGGGUCGGAGGGCAUACGAUUUGUCCUGAGUGUCGCCAGGUUUGAUUCAUCCGAAAGUAAAUAUUUGGGAGGGAAUGCUGCCAAUGUUACCCUUUGA